AUGGCAUCUUCAGAGCUGGUGGACAUCACCACCGCCUGCUCUCGUCGGGGCUAUAUGACCACUGUUGGUGUUGUGGUGGACGUUUUGCCACCCUAUCGCACCAAAGGAUCGUCGGUCUGUGUCACCUUUACUCUCAAAGACUGUCACUUUGAUCAACCAUCCUGGUAUGGAGGUCUUAAAGUCAAAUACUUCAACGACAGCAUGGACGCUCUUCCCAAUGCCCAGCUUAAUGAUGUAGUUCUACUACGGAAGAUCCGAAUCAACAUGUUAAAUGACAAGCCGACUGGGGUUGCUUCUCAGCAUGACCUUGUCCAGUGGGCAAUUUUCCGGUCAGAUCCAGAUCCCAGCUCUAGUCCGUCUAUUACAACGGGCCCCGUUCCUUUCCCACUCAAGUCACUGGAGAAGCAAGCGGCCCUGAUGCUGCUGGAUAAGAUUGCGACGGACACACCAGCCGCCAUGGCACAGACAGUGCGGCGAGAAGCUAUCCCACAGCAGCCUUCUCAGGUGGUUCAAGCGUCUAUGACAACUCCAAACAUGAAGAGCGGACUACCACUUGAGCUGAUUCAAGACGUGCAACCGGGGCCUUUUGUCCAAAUACUCGGUCAAGUAGUCAAAAUCAAGACCUACGAUAGCGAGAAAUGCAUCAUGUACCUCACCGAUUACACGUCAAAUGAAAAUUUGGUUGACAUCAAGAAGGAUGACGAAGACGAUAUGGGCGCUGAAGGAGAUACCUACGAUUAUCUGUCUCGAAGAAAGAAGAAUUGGCCUGGCCCUUGGGGUAAGUUGACCAUACAAGUCACCCUAUGGGAACCGCACGCUGCCUUCGCUCGGACGCAUGUCAAAGACGGCCAACUUGUGCUUCUGACAUACACGCGUAUCAAAUCCGGGUAUAAUGGUGGCAUAGAGGCUGCUGUACACCAAGAUAAACGGUAUCCAAAUAAGAUCCACCUGAAACUCAUUUCUAAUGACGAUGAUCGCGCUCAACACCUCAUGGAACGACGAAAGGAAUACUGGAAAAUCCACGGAAAGCCCAGCGAGGAUCCAAAGAAAGCUUCCAGAAAGAAGAAGAACGAGCAGAAGAAAAAUGAAGAGAAACUGGAGGAAGGCCAAAAGCCGCUGUCAUUGCCUGCACCUCGAAAGAAUACCAACCAACACAUCAAAACACGAUCCUACGAGGUCCCUUCCCGCUCUAUAGAUUACAUUCUAUCAGGGGAAUCACACAUCAAUACAAUUCCCGGGGGCAUCAGCUACCAACUGCCUUUUCAAAAUGUCUGCUAUCGUACCCCGGUCCGCGUGGUUGAUUUCUUCCCGCCGAAAUUGGUAGACUUCGCAGUACAGGUACCAAUGGAGUCCAUAUUGGCGGGUGAUGAUGGUCAAGCUCCGACUAGUACUCCACGUAUGGAAUGGGAAUGGCGAUUUUGCCUUUUGGUUGAGGGGACGGAGCCUUUGAGGUCAAAAGAUGAAGCCCGUGCGCAGAUGAAGCUUUUUGUUACGGGCGCAGAAGCCGUACAUCUACUGAGCCUUGAUCCUACCAAUCUCCGUCUCCAUUCGACUAGGUUAGGAGAGCUCAGAGAAAAAUUGUUCAUUCUCUGGGGUGACCUUGAAGAGCUCAAGCAACAACAUGCCACGACUACUGGUACGGACGAAUACUGGGCUCCGGCUAAAACAUCCUCGUUGCCUUUCAUGUGCUGCAUCAAAGAAUAUGGUGUACCGUGUACUCAUCCACUCGAUCCCGAUGAUAUGGCACUGGAUGAGCCCGGCAGGCCGGGCUGCACUUUCCCCGACUGCUUCGGAUGGGAAAGACGUUUCACCAUGUUUGGGACGACAAUUCAUUCAUGA